UAAUACCACCGGAAGGUCAGCUAGGUUUCUACUAAACUGAGAAUUUUCAAGUAGUUAUCAGGUAAAACUAGGUAAAAACGUUACAGAUAAGACGGUACAUUUUCAUUUAACGACGCAACAAUCCAGUUAGCCACUAGGUAGUCCAAUUAAUGUUUCAAAUGCUGCUAUUCCUGAUGGCAAUGCAACUUUAAAAGGGUUUAGACCAAGCAAAGCAAGUGUUUUAAUUUUGCUCUGCAAGUCAAUAGGGACGGCCUAACAGCUGUUCCGGAAAUCAGACGAGCCCAAAGAAAUGCUGAAAGAAAAAUAUACAGAAGAGGAAUUUAGGAAGAAACCGGGCAGGAUUGCGGAUGCAACGUUGGGGAAACUUCCACCCUUGUGGGGAGAUGGCAGAAAUACAUCCCAGCGCUCUUUCAGACUGCAGCUUGUGAAGCCUGACUUCCAGCAAGAAUACAUGGAAGAAAGGGAGAGGAAAAUUAUGACUAUAUAUGAACAGCAGCAGCAGAAUGCUCUGGAAAAAGUGCGGAAGAUGUCUCAACACAAAAAUCCUUCGCAAAGACAGUACCAUUCUGCAAGGGACAGAUAUGACCGUGUCCACCAUGAUGAGCAGGACUAUAACGCUACUGAGAGGAAGACCUCUGGGACAGAUAAGCCAUUUGCUAUUAAGUCAGUUAACCAUAAGAGGGCGUACAGCCUGAGUAACAUCUACAGGCCAAAUAUUGAGCAUAUAGAACCUUUGGAGGCAGAGAGACUUCCCCACAAUUUACCUGUCCAAUCUCGAGACUACCCAGACAGGUAUGGUGGGAGAUCAGACAGGAGGGGGUCAGAAAGGCAGCUGCCAGAGAAUCAGGUCCCUGUCAUACCUAUGCCCAGCUCCUUUGGUGAGGUCUCAACCAGGUAUAGGGGCAGGGUCAGGGGGUCCCAGUGGCAGGAGGGACGGUUAGAGGAGGACCGAAUGAGGCUGGAAGAACAGAUUCGCAGGAAAGAGAUUGUGCUACAGGAGAAGCUGCGGAGGGUUGUGGAGGAGCUGGGGAAGGUCCGGCGGGAGAAAUGCACUUCUGCCGGGAUAUUGGAGAGGAGAGAGAGGAUUGAGAUAGGGAGUGAGAGAGGAAAGUGGGAGAAUGAAAAGGAGAGGAGGGAGAGUGAGAAGACUGCCUAUGUUGAGCAGGAGAGGGCCAAGGAGAGAAAGGAGAGGGAGAAGGACAAACAGAGGGAGAGACAGACACGAGAGCAUGACAGAGAGAGUGAGAGGCGGGAGAGAGAACGAGAGAGAGAGAGGAUAAAGGAAGAAGAAUGGGAGAGGGAGAAGUGGGGUAGAGAGAAGGCAAAGGCAAGUGAGCUGGAGAGGGGGAGGAGAGAGUGGGAGCAAGAGAGGAGGGAGAGGGUAUUGGACAGGACACAAAGGAGGUGGACCCAGGAGAAGCAUUGUAAAGUCCUCCAAAGGGACUCUGAAAGAAAUAGUUGCAUCAGCAACAGAAGCAUACCUCCGGAGGUCUCUCAGAGACGUCCCACGCAUGUCACUGAUGAGACCCCUGGACAACUGGAAGUGGAACGGAUCUCAGACCGAAGAUCUGAGGCAGUCUUACAGCGGUUACCCUGCAGCCUGUGCCACAGGAACUUUGCUGCUGAUCGACUGGAGAAGCACCUCAAGGUGUGUGAAAAGGCUCAGCAUUCCACACGGAAGGUCUUCGACUCUUCCAAGUACCGAGCCAAAGGAACGGACCUGGAGGAGUACAUGAAGACGAAUACAAGAACGAAGACUCCUGAGCUGAAAAAGAGCAAUUGGCGGCAGAAGCACAAGGCUUUUAUUCAUAACCUUCAGCAGGCUCGAAUGCCAACAAAGGGGGGCCCCCAGCUACACAUGGAAGACUAUCAGACCUGCCCUCACUGUGCACGGCGAUUUGCCCCAGGACCCGCAGAGAGACACGUCCCCUUGUGCCAGAAUAUAAGGAGUCGCCCCCCACCACCUCGACGACACUUGAAGUGAAGAGAAUUAAGUUUCUGCUGACGAAAAGAAACAAACUGCCUAGAUUGUUGUGAUUUAUUAUCAGUAUUUCCAUGUGAGCUUCAGGGCUUGUGAAAUUGGUUCACGAGAUAGAUACUGCUGUCAGUGUUGUAACAAAUAUAUGGUCAUAACAUAUCAACGGAGAUGUACGAAAUAAAAUUUGAUUAAAUGAUGAGGUCAUAA